GCCCCGCCCCGAGCGGGGACGGAGCCACCAGCGGCCGCCCAUGGCCGCCCCGCGCACGCGCAGUGCCCGCCCGGAGCCGCAGGGGGAUGGCGGGGCCGCGGCAGGACAUGGUGAUUGUUGCAUCUGAUAAACUGGGUCGUGUGGACGCAAGACUGGAGUCAUUUGAAGAUUAUGUAAAGAUAAAGGUGCCGAUACCAUUUUAGAAGAGUAAUAAUGGGACCAGGCAUUCAAGAACAUCCUUUGUUACUGCACAGAAAGACACAGAAAAAGGAAAUCCAAAUCAAUGAAAACCACAAAGGAAUGGUAAAUAAUGGAAAAAGCCAUCCAGGCAUCAAAGGACUAAAGAAACCAGUUUCUCAUGGGAAACUGACUCUUGGAACAUUAGGGAAAAAUGUAUCAAGUGCCAGUGAAAAGACUUCCCACGAUAGUCAAGACGGCAACCAACCAAGUAGUUUUAAGAAGGGAAGAAACCAACUGGAUGACAAUGCUCAGUCAAAAAGGAUCACAAGUGUUUGCACAUCACUUCCCAGAGUACAAGGAUCAAAGAAGAGUCUCCCAGAAACAAGGCAAAGUGAAUCUUUACUGCACAGGAUCCCUCCUGCCAUAAAAGGCAGCACACAAGGUAGCUUCUGUAAGGUUAAAGAUGUGCCAGUACAACAUUUUUAUUGCAGUAAAAAAGAACAAUUGGAAAAGAAUUGUGAAGAACAUGUUGCUGAAGCUGGUCCAUGCUCCUCUAAAUGGCAAGGAGCAUCUGCAGGUGAAAUGUUUCUUGAUUUUCAAUCGGUACAAAUUAUUAAAGAAGAUGCUGAAGAUGAUAGUGCCAGUGAUCUCUCUGAUUCAGAAAGGAUUCCCAUUCCUCCAUCUCCCUGCACACCACCAGAACUCAUACUCAGAGCUGAAGAAAUUGAUCCAGGUUGUUUGGAGCAUGUGCCUGAUACAGGUUUUAAGGAAUCAGAAUAUUACUACCCAGACUUCCUGCCACCCCCUUUCAACUCAUGGGACUUGAAGCAGCUGGCCAUCUUUGUUAAUGUAGAGGGUAAAUCUGAAUUUCGACCAAAGCCAACGGGAUUUCUUGAGAGAUACAUUGAUCGCCUUUUGCAGCUGGAAUGGCUGCAAAUGCAGACUGUACAGAACGAGAAGGUAAAGGCAGCCAAAGCCAGACCACAGACUGCUCCCAGUGCCAUACGUACCCUAAAAAGCCCUGGCAAAUGCAAAGCAUUGUUCAGCCCAUUGCCUAACAAGCAAUUGGCUCCCCAGGAAAGUGUCACAAAACUCCCUGCAUGCUAUUCAGGUCACAGGGGAGAUCUAUACUGUGAAGAAAGUCGACAGUUCUGUUCACAUCCAGGUCACUUGAAACUAUCUGAGAGAAUAGGAUAUGCAAUGUCUUCUCAGAGACAAUCUGGUGAAGUAAGAAGUGAACUGAAAAAAACAACUGCAAAGCAACAGCUUCUCAAUAUUCAGCCACCUGAGAACAAUUUUAAAAUUCAAAAUGUUGGUAAUAUCAGACCCCCUAGGCAAGCAUCAGUAGUCCAUGGUUCAGCUGCUCCCAUGAAAGGCGUAAAAACAUAUGCAUGUACAAACCCAAAGAAAAAUGGCAAUGCUAACAAUUAUGUUCCUUCUAAAAAGCCAACAGGGGACAGGAAAAUUAAAACAAAUGGCACAAAGCAAACAUCACACAAAUUGAAAUAAAGAAGAAUGAUUUUUAAAUGUUAGAAAAAAUGUAAAUGUUAAAAACAACAUCUUUUUUGAUGUUUCUCGACUGCUAGAAAGCAUUUGGCCAAUGCAGAAGGGUCAUGUUUUCUUCAUCGCAGAUCCUGAAAAAACAUGUUCUUGAUGCAUGGUUCUAAGUCAGUACUGUUCUUUUCAAUACAUUUGAUCUUAAGCCAGCAAGGCCAGCAGGAAAUCUUUUCCCUGAAGGCAAGUGUCUUCCAUUAGUCUUUCCUCAAAAAUAUUUACAAUUGCUCAAUGAAGAUAACACUAGCAGAAUAUGAAAGCUUAGAGAUGUACAAAAUGUCCUAUUUGCACCAGUUGAACUCCAUUGAAAUCUGUAGUGUUUCCUCUGCUUACCUUGGUGUAUUCGAGAGAAUAGGAACUGUGCUCGUUUUCUGUAACAGAUGUGCUAUUUUGAGACAGGUUUGAUGGUGUUCUGUUUUCUGAUGGAAAAAGGGCUCAAUUGUUUUUAUAAAAUAAUGGAGUAACUAUAUCUGUACAAAGUCAAGCUCUAAUUCUUCAUAGAAGAUGAUAAAUCGAGUUUUUUAAUGAGUUGGAUUUUUAUUUUUAUUUUGCUAGGAAGAAGAAUGGAGAUAACGAAAUAUUUUAAUGCAGAAAGGGUUCUUUUAAAGACAAACAAUUAUUACGGAGCAGACAGCUUCAAUAGUGGCAGAUUAAGAAAAAGGAAUGCAUAUUUUUAUACCCAGAAACCUUCACUGUAUUUACAGACAGCAUUCCUUCAAGUUAAUUUUGUAAACCUUGGUGCUUUUUGUCAUUUAGAAGAAAUGACCAAAUUUCAAACGGCACAUGGAUAUCGAUAACUAAUGCAAAAUGAGAAUAUUACUAGAUACUCUGUGGCCUAAUGUCCAGAACUCAUAAACUCUUAAAACAUAGAAAAUAGACUCUUAUGGGAUGAAUUUGAAGGCUAUUUUAAGGUCAGUCAAAGAUAUAUUUUGAUACAAAAGAUACCUAUUUUCAAUUACCUGAGAUGACUAUUCCAUGGUCCAGUCUACUUUACUUAGCUUGGCUUCUUAUUUCAGGGUUUAGUGAUGUGGCAUGGGGAAAUACCCUACUGAAAGAAAUUGUACUUUUUUUUAAUGCAGGGUCCUGUCCUUGGACUCUAUAUUUUGUCUUGUGUCUGUGAGAUACAAGAGAACGUGAAAAAUAAUUCAGUGGAUAUUCAAGCGUCAGUUCAGCUGUUAGCUGGGGACACAAUCCUGUUAAAGAUGAAGUUCUAGAAAAUGUUUUAAACUUUCAUUUUAAAAUGAAAUACUUCCUGAGCACCAUUAGCUUCAUCCUCAGCCACCUGUCACAGCGAACUGUUUAUGAGAAGUGAGCUGAGGUCUGAUGGACCAAAUUUUAAAAGUGGAUCCUUCCCACUGUGAUAUCAAAUGAAAAAGUAGCAAAUGCUAAAGAAUAUAUUUAUGUACAUAGUUAAAUUGCACUUCUCUGGUUGAUCUCAUCUUGGUUUUAAGAUGCUUAGCUGUUCCUAUUCUUUCAUUGUGCCUACCAGAUCUUCAGCUUUGUAAAAUUUCAACGCAUGGAUUUAUAUGUAGUUUAAAAUGAGAGAAUAUUAAUAAAUAUAGUAAUAAAUGAGAUUAUUUUACAGUACAUAAAAAUAAUGCUCAGGAAUAGUGUGAGAAAUAUUUUUAGUGGCUUUUUCCUAGUCUACUGGAGACCAAAUGUGAAAUUUUAAAUUGAUAAAGGAAACAAAUUUAAUGUACUGUAUAUUUCCAUAUUCAGUAUUUAUUAGGAUACAGUUAAAAUAAAUUGUAGUUGCUUGUACGUCGUGCUCUAUGCAAUUAAAGUGGAACUUAAUCUGACAUGCUCAACGAUCAAGUAAAUUGGCUGUGUUGGAGGUGUGGUGAAACUUACAGGAUGGCAUUCAAAUACCAGCAACUGCACAGCACUAGCACAUUUCAGCCUUUUGGUUUGUUCCAGACUCAUCGUGUAUUUCAGCUUUUUUAGAUGAAAAGAUCUUGCAUCCACUGCUGGAAUUUCAGGCUUUGGCCAAAUUCUACACGCCUUCAUUAGUCAAGUUUUCCUGAUUGGCAUUAAGAGUAGUGAAAGUAGGACUGCUCUUGCUAAUAAACGCUAUUGUAGUGCAUGAUUUUAGUACCCUGUUUUGGCACACUACUAUAAGCACCAAAAGCAAGGUGAGCAGGAUCAAGUCAAUAAUCAGAAUGGCAGUUUUUUAAAACAAAUUCUCUUAGAUGCAGUAAUUAAUUCAGCAUGUUAUUAUGACACUGAAUAUUAGUGUAUGCUAAAUUUUUCUCUGAAAUGUGGCUCUAUAUUGGUGCUUUCCUAGAUUACAUGGAGAGCAUGUAGACACGCAUUUUGCAUGAUCACCUCUUAAAGAAUAAAUAAAUAACUAGUGUUUCAGUCAGCUUUGACUAGAGCAAAGGCGAUUGGCACUGAGAAUUUUUUUUCUCACAGACCCAGGAAUUAGAAAGUUUUGUUUUAAUGUAGUGCUUGUGGUCUAAUGCACUUUAAUCUGUUGCUGGAGACUUUUUAAACAGUUUAAUAGGCAGAGAUGGUGAUGGCACUGAAAACAAGUCUGAAUACUUGUUCAUCACUAAGCUCCAGCUGUGAUCAGGACAAGUAAGUUUGUCUCACAUGAUAAUCACACAAUUCUAAUUUUUUGUUCAUUCAUUUGAUACUUUCAAAAUUGAUUUCUUUCAAAAACUGUUCUUGCUGUGAGCAGACCUGCAAGUGUUGGAUUUCAUCUGGCAGCAGUUUUGCUCCUAUUUUAAAUUGUCUAUGUUCUGGGUCUAUAGAUGAAAAGAGCUCCUUUUAUGAAGAGGACUAUGGUUUAUCUUUCCUUCAUUUUCUAUUGAUGGGUAUUUUCUUUAAAAACACUUCUGAAUAUAACAGAAAAGUUUAUUGCAUCAAGUACAUUACAUUCCGAAUUUAAAUAAUUCCACAGCACAGUUUGUGUGGCUGUUUAUAUUUUUGCACUCUAUAUAGCAAUAUGAUCCUAUAUUCACAUGUAUAGCCUAGCACUGAAGAUGCUGAAGAGCAAGUUUACUGUGAUUUGAGAUAUUUGAAUGGAAUGUUUUUUGUUUGUUUGUUUGUUUUUUUGCUAGAUAAUUUUAAUGUUCUGUAGUACUACCUACAAAACUAAUACACUCAGGUUGCAUUUUAAAUAGCCAGAUCCUACUUCAGUUAUACCAAUAUAAAUAAACUUUGAACAACUGUUGUUCUCAAGGAAAAAAUAAUUUCUCAUGAAAAAUAAUUAAACAGGCCACUGUCUGGAGCCCAGCUUUUGAUGUUGGCAAUCAUUUGUUCUUAUUUAUUUGAAGAUUCUGUGGAUAUUUUUGCUGGUAAUUUCAUUGGAAAGUGAUCUUGUAAUUCAAAGUGUAUUUAUUAUAUUAAAAGUGAGAUGCUGCUUA